CAAAGGAGUUAUGACGUUUGAUGCUGCCUAUAAAGGGGUAGGAUGAUUGUAGUAAAAAUGCAAACCAGUUUGUUUCUGAGUUCUAAUGGCAAAGGUCUAUCCUCGAGCACACCUCUCUUCUUCUUCUUCCUCCUCCACUUCUUCAGACAUACAAAUCCUUACAAUGUGGAUGAAAUCACUCGUUUUGAAUGGAAACGGAUGCACCAUUUAUAAUUCUGAUGGCCAGAUAGUUUAUCGCGUUGAUAAUUAUGCUUGCAAGUCCAGCCAUGAGGUGUGCCUAAUGGAUCAUGGAGGCAGGAUACUUACUAAAAUACUUAGAAAGAAACCAAGAGUUUUUGGACAAUGGGAAGGAUACCGAAGUGAUGGAUUAACGGUAGAAGAGCAAGUGCCCUGGUUUAGAGUUCAAAAAACCAGCAGGAUUUUGAAGAGAGAUCAUCAUUUUGAAGCCACAGUUACAUAUGAGAAUGGAAAUAAUAAUCUCAGUUGCUAUAAGAUUCUUGGUUCACCAAGGAAGACCGAGUACAAGAUAAUAGACAGGCAAGGAAAGCCAGUUGCUGAGGUCAAGAGGAAGCUUACAAGCACUGGAGUUGCACUUGGAGAGGAUGUGUUAACACUAAUUCAAUAG